UGUGUUUUAUGUACUUUAAAUGUGUAACCGUGUAUGGAUUUCCUUACAAAAAUAGACACCUUAAAGUGGCUUUAGUCAACAAGAUAACGAUACUUACCUAUAGCCACGGGAUACUUACAUAACAGUAUGCUGUAAGUAGGUAAAGCCGGUAAUGGGGUGGUGGAUGUAAGGGCUCUAAUUCUGAGCAGCUGUGGGGCUUCCCUGGCCGGGGGCGGUGUCAGUGAGCCGCGAGCCGGGCCGCGCCAUGCCGCCCGCCGCGCUCGGCGUGCUCGUCUGUGCAGCCUGGUACUACACCAUACUAGCUGGGUUCUUCAUACUGUACUGCCCUGUGUUGUAUGUGAUGUUCUUUAACCACAGAUUGUACAGGAAUCUUGCUGAUACGCUUUUUGCGUUGUGGGAACUCUUUCCUGUGGCGUUGUUCCAAUGCUGUUGCAAAACCCAGCUGCACCACUAUGGAGAUUAUGUGGACCGCGAUGAGAACUGUAUCAUAGUGAUGAACCACCGCACCAGGGUUGACUGGAACUACGUGUGGAUAGCGCUGUACCACGCCACCCAGAAGAACGAUGGUGCCGCAGAUGAAACCCACAAUGCAAGCAAUACGAGCCGAGUUGACAGUCAUACAUUUGAUGCUCGGUGCGAAGAAUAUGGCGCUUUGGAUGCCAUCGGUGGCGGCAAAGCUAAGAUUAAGUUUGUGCUGAAAGAUGAACUCAAGAUGGUACCUGGUUUGGGCUGGAUCAUGCAGCUGAACUUCUUCCUCUACGUGAAGCGGAGCUGGAGGGAGGACCAGCUGGGGCUGGCGCAGUUCACAGACUACUACCGGCGCGUGCGCAGCGGGUACCGCCUCGUGCUGUUCCCGGAGGGCACUGACCUCAGCGACGAGAAUCGAAGGAAAAGUGACCGCUUCGCUGUGGCUAAUAACUUAUCGCAUUUAGACUUCGUGUUGCACCCGCGGACCACGGGCUGGACGGUACUAGUCUCGCGUCUGCGCGGCGCGGCGCUGGCGGCGGUGUAUGACGUCACGGUGGCGUACGAUGCGCCGGCGCAGACCGAGGCCGACCUACUGAAGGGAAAACUGCCGAAACAUGUCUACUUUCAUUUCAAAAGAUAUCCCAUAGAGCGGCUUCCUGAGGAAGAAGAUCAGCUCAGGGUGUGGCUGAACGAUCGCUGGCGUGAGAAAGAAUACAGUCUGAGGCAGUUUCACAACAAUGGAAAUUUUUGUGACUCAUUGAACAGAACACCUACUGAAAGAAAACCUCGAUCGCUGAAAACUGCAAAAUUAGCUUUUGUGUUUUGGAGUUUUAUAGAUUUACUGUUUAUGUACUCAAUAUUUUACAGUAUGGUCUUCCAGUUCUGGGUGCUUUACCACAGCCUUCUCUUCACAUUUGUUACUUGGUGGUUCGGUGGAUUCCACAACAUUCAAUACAAAAUACUUGAAAUGUCAAAGAAAUAAUUUUAAACCGUGAUAAUUAUGUGUGAUGUAAAGUAGUUUAUUCAUUUCUAUGUAUAAGGUUUCAGUAACAUUGAAUUUUAUGUAAGUAGAUAAAAUUGUAAAUUGGGAGGAAAAUGUGAAUUCUCCGCAAGGCCAAAAUAAGAUAAAGCGUAGGUUACAUAGGUCUUAAUAGUAAAUUAUGUAGAAUAUAUCCUAUUUAUCACAUACAUUCCUAUAUUUUGAACAUAGGAUAGGUAGAGGUACUCUAGUUGUGGUAGAUUUACUAUAGGUAUUUAAAAAUACAUUAGAAUUCCUUACUAUCACGCAAAACUUGUGUUCAUAAAAUAAUAAAUCAUAUAUAAAAUUA